AUGAUUGUGCGGCUGUUGCUGCUCCUGUUUGGGAACCUGCCUCGGGCCGCCCAGAAGAUGCUGAGGACCACGUGCACCGAGAUCCGGCCUUUCAUCAUCCAGAAUAGCGAUUAUUACAGGCCGGGAGACCUCACUGUCGGUGGGAAUUUACUGCUGGGUAGUUAUUUUUAUGACAAGGCACAAGACUUCCGUAGUUCAGCCCCACCAAAAACCUCCACGAUUCCGGUAUCAGUAAUCAAGAACUACCAGCAUUUCCUGGCCUUGGUGUUUGCCAUCACUGAGAUCAACAUGGAUCCGACUCUCCUUCCCAACACGACGCUCGGCUUCCGCCUCUAUCAGCACCUGGACGUUUUCAGAGUGAUGCAUGAAAUCUGCCUCUCUCUGCUUUCUACUCGUGGACAAGUGGUUCCCAAUUAUAAAUGUGACAGGCAAGAUCAACUGCUCUCUGUUAUUGGGGGUCUCGACUCUACAUCCUCAAGAGAGAUUGCAUCCUUAAUGGGCAUCUACAAGAUCCCACAGGGAGGGGAAAAGGUCUUUCCUUCCUUCUACCAGAUUGACCAAAACAGAACUUCUCAGUAUGUGGGCUUAGUCCGGUUGCUCCUGCAUUUCCACUGGAACUGGAUUGGGCUGUUAGCUUCCAAGGAUGACCGGAGUGAGAAUUUCAUCCAGACCCUGACACCAAUGCUGAAGCAGGAGGACAUCUGUGUGGCCAUCACUGAAAUGAUCAACCCAUUGGAUCCACUUCAUAAGCAAAGAAUCCUUGCCUCUUUGCGGAGCAUCCGGUUUAACAACAGCGCUGGAGAUGAAGUCUCUUCCACUGCACAGGGCAAGCAUUAUGAUAUCCUGAACUGGGUCUACUUCCCAAAUGGAUCUUUUUAUCCAGUGAAAGUUGGAAGAGUGGAUUUAGAAGCUCCCCCAGGCCAAGACUUCACAAUCCGCACAGAUGUGAUCACAUGGGGAACAGAGAAGCGACCAUCUGCAAGGUGUGUGAAGAGGUGCUUUCCAGGGCAGCGGAAGAAAGUUCCAGAGGGGAAGCCGGUUUGCUGCUACACCUGUGAUCCUUGUCCAGAAGGGACCUUCUCUAACUCAACAGAUGCAGAUCACUGUUCAUCAUGCCCAGAAGAUCAAUACCCAAACAAGGACCAAGAUGGGUGUAUCCCCAAGCGGAUCCACUUCCUUCCGUAUGAAGAGACAGUGGGUUCCAUUUUAGCUUCUCUAGCCCUUUUCCUCUCUCUGAUCACAUCUCUAGUGCUGACAACCUUCAUUCAACACCGUGACACACCAAUUGUCAAAGCCAACAACCGAGACCUCACCUACGUCCUCCUCAUCUCCCUCCUGCUCUGCUUCCUCUGCUCCUUCUUCUUCAUCGGCCAACCCACAAAGGCCACCUGUCUUCUGCGACAAACUGCUUUCAGCAUCACCUUCUCUGUUGCAGUUUCUUCCAUUUUGGCAAAAACUGUAACAGUGGCUGUGGCUUUCAUGGCCACCAAGCCAGGAAACAUGGCAAGGAAACUCUUGGGGAGACAACUAGCUAAUUCCAUUGUCCUGGCCUGUCCCCUCAUCCAAGUUUUGAUCUGUGCUGUCUGGCUGGUGACCUCUCCUCCAUUCCCAAACUUGGACUUCUAUUCCCUGGCUGGAGAGGUCAUUGUGGAAUGUAAUGAAGGCUCAGUCACCAUGUUCUACACUGUCUUGGGCUACAUGGGUUUCCUCUCUUUUGUUAGUUUCGUGGUGGCUUUCCUAGCGAGGAAAUUGCCCGACAGCUUUAACGAAGCCAAGUUCAUCACCUUCAGCAUGCUGGUGUUUUGCAGCGUUUGGGUCACCUUUGUGCCCACUUACCUGAGCACCAAGGGGAAGUCCAUGGUGGCUGUGGAGGUCUUCUCCAUCUUGGCCUCUGGUGCUGGUCUCCUGGGUUGCAUCUUUCUCCCCAAGUGCUACAUUAUUGUGCUGAGACCCAAUCUCAAUUGUAAAGACCAUCUAAUAAGGAGAAAGAAUCUGUGA